CGCGCCCCAAACAAAACCCAAGUGGAGGAAAGCGCACGGCCCUGCAGAUCCUGGGCCGUGGAGGCGACCCAGGCCUCGCCCGCGUCCCCGGCCGCGGCGUGAUGCGCCAGGACCGGCCCGUGACGCCCGGGCCACCGCUGUCCCCGCACCUGGAUGCCGGCCCCGUGGCCGCGCCCCUGCCGCGCGCGCUCGCCCCCACGGCUGUCUCCGCGUCUCCCGGCGCCGGCGGGGCGGCUCGCUCUCCAUGGGGCUGAGGGACUGGCUGAGGACCGUGUGCUGCUGCUGCCCGUGCCUGUGCCUGGAGGAGCCCACCGCGCCCGAGAAGGAGCCCCUGGUCAGUGAUAGCAAUCCAUAUUCUUCAUUUGGAGCAACUCUGGCAAGGGAUGAUGAGAAGAAUUUGUGGAGUAUGCCUCAUGACGUAUCCCACACAGAGGCGGACGAUGACAGAAUGCUGUACAAUUUAAUAGUCAUUCGGAAUCAACAGGCCAAGGAUUCAGAGGAAUGGCAAAAACUCAACUAUGACAUCUACACCCUGCGACAGAUUCGGAGGGACGUGAGAAAUAGAUGGAAAUGCAUUUUAGAAGAUUUAGGUUUUCAGAAGGAAGCUGACUCUUUGUUGUCAGUGACGAAACUCAGCACGGUCAGUGAUUCUAAAAACACAAAGAAAGCUCGAGAGAUCUUGUUAAAACUGGCUGAAGAGACCACGAUUUUCCCAACAGGCUGGGAGCUCUCCGAGAGGUAUCUCUUUGUUGUGGACCGUCUCAUUGCUCUUGAUGCUGCAGAAGAGUUCUUUAAAAUUGCCCGUCGAACUUACCCCAAGAAGCCUGGGGUGCCAUGCCUGGCAGAUGGCCAGCGAGAACUGCACUAUCUCCCAUUUCCAAGUCCCUAGAGGGGAGGCUGGGAGGCACAAUUGGAAUUCUUCAGCUGGGACUCAGCAGCCAACCAAAGCUGGGCACACGGAUGUAGAUAAGAGCGAGCAAGUCAAGGGCUACGUGAAAAAUGGUUCUGAAUCCCACAAAAAGAUCUAAGGAUUUGAAUAUCUUUGUGAGGACUUUAUUCUGUGAGAUGUUCAGGUUGUGUUAAAGCAUACUGCUGAUCUUGCAUCGGAGAGUUGGCCAGUGGAAUGUUUCAUCAUGACGACCGAUUGGAUUCCCGGCGCCCGUUGCCCUUGUCCUGGUUUUGGUUGUACACAAGCCUUAAUCAUUAAUCCUGUCGGGAGGAUGGGGUAGUCUAGUUAAUAAAACAAUAAGAUUAGUGGAGAGGACUCUCAUUGAGGCCAAUAUGGAUUAUCAAAUCUAAAAUAAUUUAUAAUUAUAUAUAGGCUAACAUCAAAAUGAUACCAGGCACUAUGUGACCUUUCUUUAAUUCGGAAGAACCUUGGAAGAUGUCAGAGGCAUCUCUUUAAGUAUUGGUUAUAAUUAUUCAGAAAUACAGAUGUACCAGAUAACAGAAGUGUCUAGAAGUGCUGCUCAGCUGUGAGUUCCAAACAGAAUGAUCCCCAGCAAAGCAUCCUGAAGCUGUACAUAAGCAACUCUGUCUUCAGCUGUGGUACAAGCAUCUUGCAUUCUCAACAUUAUUGCUAUCUGGUUACCUCCUUUUUGCAUAUUGCCUACUUCUAAUCCAAAAGCCCUUGAUGUUUUACCCAGGAUGGCAUCUAUCAACAGAAACGUCUGGCCUGUACUUCCUUCUCUUCUCUGUAAUCUGUUUCUGGCUUAUUGGCUGAGGGUUGCGCCUGCCCAGGGACCUCUUGUGCUGUCUUCUGGGCUGUGUUACACAAAAGAAGGUCAUCGCUGGGUUUUCAUUCUGAAGAUGAUUUUCAAAACGGAGCAGCGCUGGCCAUACAGUUCACUUCUAGCCACAGACUGAGAAGUCCAGCUUCACAAGUUACUUGCCCCUUGAGCAAGGAGCUUGCCAAGAAAUCAGGGUUCAUUUUAUUGAAAAGACUUUCAGAACUUGUAGGAUUCUUCAGUAGAUGGCUGAGAACAAUGGCAAUAUGGUUACUUCGACAGAUUUUGCUCUUCUGACUUUAGGUUCAGAGGUAACUUGUUUUUAGUCUGUCCCAGGGAAUUGUGACUUGAAAAUAUUGAUAUUCUGACUAGUUUAUUUUUGGUAGUGCACACAAUGUUUAAAUUAUUUGUUAGAGGAGAUCCAUGUUGUUCCAUGUUUAUUAAUGCAUUCAACUGUCACAUUUCAGGAAAAUGUUUCCUAGUUUAAAAGUCUUAUUUUUUUUAUAUUUAGUGCCUAAUCCCUCUCAUAGUGUUUAAAAUUAGCCCGCAGGUAUUUUCAUUCGCUUCCGUGGGCUCUCUUGCAAGAUAAACAUGCAAACAGUGCAAUAGACAAACAAAAUAAAAAACAAACAAUAAAUUAAAGAAAUGGAAAAUUGUAUGGUUUUCAUCUCUGUCCUCGGGAUUUGUUUUGUCUUUCUGCCUUUUUGCUGUCAAAAGAGAUGAGAUGGUUUGCAUCUA